AUGACUGUCAACGGAUUGAUUGAAAACAACUUUAUAUCCAACUUGUCCAUCAACAACCAACAACUCUGCAAGAUCCUUCUUGCCAAUAUCACAGUAUCUGGAUGGAAAUACGUAACCGAUUCAAACUGCUGUCAAUCAAUACUGUCAUUCAACACUACAAGGCUGACAUUGACAAGUUGUCGAGGUCUCAUUAUCUCCAAAGAAAAACGGAAUCCAGACCAGAUUCGCUUGGAAUGUCAACAACAACUGACUGUUUGUUGCUACAUCAAGACUCGUCAGUACAGACCCACACAAUACAAUGUAAAAGGUAUCAGGCAACCAGAUACAAAUGAACUGUUUGUCUGCAAUAUGCUGCAUCAUAUUGGAAUGGGUCCUGAAACUCGUUGUAUCAUUGCAUCUCACAGCACCAAAACAGUCUACAUUGCUAUCAAUCAAAAGACUACAUUAAAACAGACAUUAUGGACAAAUUCUACAAAGGAAAUGGCUGUAUCAUCUGUCAUCAAUUCAGACACACUUGUCAGUCCUGUCCCGUAUACAAUGAGUCACAUAUGGACACUGUUGAAGAAAUCAGACAUUGACCGUUUAUCAACCGUUCAAAUGCCAACUAAAGGAAUAAGUCUUAUUGGUCAAACCAAUUACGGUCACAACUACUUGUUACCAAGCAUUGUGCUAUUUACUAUAUCGACUACAAAUAGUCAAUUACUAUAA